AUGAAUCUCCUUUUGCUGUCUUUGCUUUUUAUGCAAAACGUCACGAGCUACUUUGAGCAUUUCAAAAAUGGAGUCAACACGCAGUUUGUUAAAGACAAAGUGCAGUGCGGCCCUGGAAGCGAGGCGCGCAAUUUGAGCGCCGGAGCGCCUGACUCACAUUUCAAGGCACACCAACCCAAAAUUGACGUGAGCAAGUUGGACUCCCUUUUGAGCGCCUCUAACCAUUUGAAGGCCUCUAACCAUUUGAGCGCAUCUGACUACCUGAACCCGUUUCAGUAUCUCCUAAAAGGUAACGAAUCGGUGAACAUGUUCGCCAAGUCAGCUAGCCAAUUGUCACCAUAUAGGAUGUCGCGAAAACUGAACGAUGAUUCUUCAACCUACGAUGAUGGGGAAGACGACGAAAGCUUUCUCGAAACGAAUGAAAGUGACAAGACGAACGAUAAGGAUGAAGAUCAUGGGGAGAAGGAUCAGUUUGAUGAAGAAAACGCGGAGAGCUUCCUCGAAAAAGACGAGUUUGACGAGGCUAGCGAUGGAGAUAAUGAGCAAGACGGUGAAAAUGAGGACUUUCCAGGGGAACAUGAAGGAAGCUUCCUUGAAAAAGAAGAAUACGAUGACGCUGGUGACAACGAACAUGACGAGUUCUAUGAUGAGGAUGCAGAGAGCUUUCUCGAGCAGGAGGAGUAUGAAGAUCUAAGUGAUAAUGAAAAUGACGAAAUGGAUGAGGACCAUGGGGAGAGCUUCCUGGAAAAGGAGGAUGGCGAUGAGGACAGCGGCGAGGACAAUGGGAAAGACUACAAAGAGGAGUACCAAAAUAAGAUGGCUGACGAUGACUACCCGGAUGAGUACGUAGGGUCGGACGAUUCCAGUAACGGUAGUACGGGAACCGCUCAGAUGGGUAGCCAAAGUGGAAGUGGCAAAAGUGGAACCGCCCAGAUGAGCAGCCAAAGUGGAGGCAACAUGAAGGAACUAAAAAACAAAGAAAACGAAAGCUUCUUAGAGCAGAACGUGAAUGGCCACACAGAGGAAGAAGAGGAAAAGCACAGCACCUUCGUGUCCAGCUCCCUAAGCAGUGACAACGUGGAGGAUAAAUACGACGACGAACAUGAUGAUGAGGUUAGCUUUCUAGAGGAGGACGCCCACAGCCAUAGUGACGACACCUUCGAUGACUACUACGAGGAUAGCUUCUUGGAGCGCGGAAAGCUCGGCGCGAAGUACAGCGAUUACUACGAGGAGGACGCCGACGAGGAGGACGCCAAGCAGGCCAACGAAGACGCCUUCGACAACCACCACCUGAACGAGAUAAGCACCACCAACGACGUGCACUCCUUCAUCCAAAAAGACAUGGAAUACAUCGACGAAAUUAUUGAUGACAACGAAACUAUAAAGGAGGCAGUGAAGAAGGGGUCCAAGAAGGCAAUGAAGCAGCCCAUGCACAAGCCGAACCUUCUUGAAGAGGAAGACUUUGAGGAGAAAGAAUCCUUUUCGGAUGACGAGAUGAAUGGGUUCAUGGAGGAGAGCAUGGAUGCUUCUAAGUUGGAUGCGAAGAAGGCCAAGACGACCCUCAGGAGCUCGGAGAAGAAGAAGACUCCAACGAGCGGAAUGAGUGGAAUGAGUGGAAGCGGCGCCACCAGCGCAGCCACCGAGGCAGCCACGAACAUGAACGCCACCGCCAUGAACGCCGCUGCUAAGGGCAACAGCGAGGCGAGCAAAAAGCAAACCGACUUGUCCAACGAAGACCUGUUCAACGACGAGCUCACAGAAGAGGUCAUUGCAGAUUCGUACGAAGAGGGAGGAAACGUGGGAAGCGAGGAAGCCGAAAGCCUCACAAAUGCAUUUGACGACAAGCUACUAGACCAAGGAGUGAAUGAAAAUACUCUGCUGAACGACAACAUGAUUUACAACGUCAAUAUGGUUCCACAUAAGAAGCGAGAAUUAUACAUCUCCCCACACAAGCAUACCUCUGCAGCAAGCAGUAAAAAUGGCAAACAUCAUGCGGCGGACGCGGACGCUUUGGACAAAAAACUGAGGGCUCACGAGCUGCUCGAGCUGGAAAACGGAGAAGGCAGCAACUCAGUCAUUGUCGAAACGGAAGAAGUGGAUGUUGACCUAAACGGAGGAAAGUCAAGCGGCUCCGUGUCCUUCCUCAGCUCCGUAGUCUUCUUGCUCAUCGGAUUGUUAUGUUUCACCAAUUAA